AUGGGGCGCGGCAAGAUAGUGAUCCGCCGGAUCGACAACUCCACGAGCCGGCAGGUGACCUUCUCCAAACGGCGGAACGGGAUCUUCAAGAAGGCAAGGGAGCUCUCCAUCCUCUGUGAUGCGGAGGUCGGGCUGGUCAUCUUCUCCAGCACCGGUCGGCUCUAUGAAUACGCCAGCACAAGCAUGAAGUCAGUGAUUGAUCGAUAUGGUCGAGCGAAGGAUGAGGAGCAGCUUGUAGCAAACCCCAACACAGAACUUAAGUUCUGGCAACGGGAGGCAGCAAGCUUGAGACAACAACUGCACAACUUGCAAGAAAAUCAUCGGCAGUUGAUGGGACAAGAUCUUUCCGGAUUAGGUGUCAAGGAACUUCAAAAUCUAGAAAAUCAGCUAGAGAUGAGCAUUCGUUGCAUCCGGACAAAAAAGGAUCAACUCUUGGUUGAUGAAAUUCACGAACUGAAUCGAAAGGGAAGUCUCAUCCAACAAGACAACAUGGAAUUACACAGAAACGUCAACCUAAUUAGCCACGAAAAUGCCAAAUUAUACAAGAAGCUCUAUGAGAAAGAAGCAGCAGGUGAAGUCAACCGAGAUUCAACAACUCCAUACAACUUUGCAGUUGCAGAGAAUACCAGCAUUCCUAUCCAUCUUGAGCUUAAUACUCCACUGCAAGAAAAUGAUGUUGAACCACCUGCGGCUCCUAAAUUAGGAAACCCACCAAGGGCAAUUUGGAAGAUAACUCAGUAUGAGACAAUGAAGAAUCAUGAUUCAGAGCCAUCCAAGAAUGCUGACACGGUACAAAUAGAGCGCUACCAUGACUACAACAUACCAGCUCCACAAAUCGAGUAG